ACGUCUCCAGUCACGUGGUGGCGCUAGCUCUCAAUACGGAAGAGAAAAGUGACGGCAGAAAAACAGCGAACAAACCAGAAGCGGAAUAAAAACAUUAAUAACAUCUGUAACACCUAUAACAGUGAUUACAGCGACUUCUAAUACCUGCACACUGCUGAGCGGGAAGGAUAUGGAGGACACACUAUUUCAGUUGAAGUUCACCUCGAAGCAGUUGGAAAGACUCGCUAAAAAAGCAGAGAAGGACUCAAAGGCGGAGCAGGCUAAAGUUAAAAAGGCUCUGCAGCAGAAGAACGUGGACUGUGCACGUGUGUACGCAGAAAAUGCCAUCCGCAAGAAGAACGAGGGUGUGAACUGGCUGCGAAUGGCAUCCCGUGUCGACGCAGUGGCCUCCAAAGUCCAGACAGCUGUCACCAUGAAGGGGGUGACCAAGAACAUGACCCAGGUGACUAAAGCACUGGACAAAGCUCUAAACUCCAUGGACCUGCAGAAGGUCUCUGCUGUCAUGGACAAGUUUGAGACUCAGGUUCAAAAUUUGGAUGUCCACACUUCGGUGAUGGAAGAUUCAAUGAGUUCUGCCACCACGCUGACAACGCCACAAGAGCAGGUAGAUGAUCUGAUCCUGCAGAUAGCAGAGGAGAGUGGGCUGGAGGUGAUGGACCAGCUAAACGAGCUGCCCGCUGGCAGCACCUCACUGGGAGAAUCAUCUGCACGCUCACAGGAGAAAGAGGACCAGCUCUCUCGCAGACUGGCGGCCUUGCGAAACUGAGAUCAUGUUCUGGAUCGAGAACUUGCCUGCUGGGCUGGAGGGGGUGCCAACUCCACUCACUCUGAAGAAAUGAGGUGGCCAUAGAUUUUUGACCCUGAAUCUAUUUAUAAACACACACUCUUUGAGCUGCCCCAGUGGGUCUUACUCUUUCUCUCCUGCACACCCACACGCACAUACACCCAAUUUCAGCUGAAAACAAUCUUAUACUUUUUUUUUGCCCUUUUCUCUUUCUCUCUUUUUCUCUCUCUCUCUCUCUCUCUCUCUCUCUCUCUCUCUCUUCUCUCUGUCUUCUCUCUGUACCUUGGCCACGAGAGGCUUUCUCUGUCUCUUGUGAAUAUGUGGAUGAAUAUUAAUAACGAGCUGAAAGGCAGUUUCUGUAUCUCCUUGCUGGCCUGCUUCAGCGUAGACUUCUAAAUAAUAGUAGGGAGAUCACUCUCUGAUCAGCUGGUGAGGUCUACACGAACACAGUCUUGUUAGUUAUUCCUUCGUUUCUCAUUUGAAGGGAAUAACGGGUAGCAGCUGUACAGCUGUAUGCACACAUUUGAUUUGUUUUUGUUUUAAAUUUGUUUGAUGAAGUGACUGUUGUAAAGCCAUGUUAACACUAAUGGACAUUACUGUGCUGCUGCCACUGUUGUCUCUCCACCAUACAGUGCUCAGCUGUGCAUGAAGCAUCUGCCACUUAGUGCUCUGUAGACGUGAGUUCAUCACAUGCAUCUUAAAGUGAAACAAACUAUAUAUUUCAUACACAAACACCUUUACCCCAAAUGUGUGAUUUUUGUUUGAUUUCACACAAGAGCUAUCAGUCCAAUGUAGCUAACUAGUAAUGGAACCUUAUACCCACCAAUUUGUUGGUGCUCCAUUUUUAGAAAUACUAUAAAAUAAGGCCUUGACAGCUUCUGUGUCAUUAUUUUAAUUGACCAUGAUCCGUGCUAAUUGGUAGGAUAUAAGGUGCCAUUAAUUGUUACCUACAUUAGCCUCACAGAUACCGUGCUUCUUGGAAUAAGCUUUCUACAUUAGCCUUGUAGCUCCAGUGCUAAUUGGUGCUUCCAUUACUGAUUAGCAACAUUAGCUCUGUAGCUCUAGUGCUAAUUAGUGGGGUAUAUGGUUCCAGUGCUCGUGUAGCUCCAUUUUAAAAGGUAUAAAUUUGGAGAGGUUUAUAUUUGUCCCAAUCUAUCGCAGUAGUGUUUCUUUGUGCUCUUUUUUUAUUUGCUUUCGGCCUUACUGCACUACAGAGACCUGCAUAUGUGCUCUUCAUCCUCCUCCUCUUCCUCAGUGCCUCAGUCAGAUGCAGGGAGACAUUACAAAGCUGGAGUGUCCAGCUUGCUGCACUGUUGCAUUGUGGGUAAUCUAGAUACAGUGUUGCACAUGCAGCGGUCUCGCUGCUGCAGCUGUUCACUUUCUGCUGUUUUUCUCUUUGUUUGGCAUAAAAAAUGAUUUAUUUAAACAUGUGAUCAACAGGCAUCGCUUUUCAUUUGUAUAUUUAUCUUGUCUGAAUAAAAGCCCUCUGAUUAUA